AUGACUAAGAUUUACGUAUCAAACCUUUCAUUUCAAACAAAACAAGAAGACAUGGAAAAAUACUUUGCAGUUUUUGGCAAGCUUAAGUCUUGUAUUUUGAUGGUUCACAGAGGACGUUCUAAAGGAUUUGGUUUUGUUGAAUAUGAAACUGAAGAAGAAACAAACAAGGCACUUGCAGCUAAUGACAUUGAAUUUAUGGGAAGAAAACUUCACAUCCAAAUUGCACAACCACCAAAAGAACAUAAAGAACAACAUCAAUACCAUGAAAGAAGAUUUAAUUAUCCAAGAAGAGGUAUUAGUAGAAAACAUUUCAAUAGAAAUAGAACAGACAAUAAACAUAAUACCAGUGAUAAUAAAAAUGAAGAAAAUAAUGAAUUAUCAGAAACACUUCUUUUUAUUAGAAACUUACCAUAUUCAAUUACUGAUGAAAAAUUAAAAGUGUUAUUUGAAAAAUAUGAACCAAAAGAAGCUGUUGUUGUUUCUUAUAGAAAAGGAAGUCGUAUAUUUAGUAAAGGAUUUGGAUUUGUUGAAGUUGAUAAUAAAGAGAAACAAAGUGCUGCUAUUGUUGAGUUUAAUAAUUUUGAAAUUGAUGGAAGAAAAAUAAUUGUCUCUGCAGGAUAUAAAAGACAAGAAGGGAUAAAGUCUAUUCAUGAUGAAUAA